GGAAGAAAGUGGGUCGGUGACUUCGAAGUUGAGCUCCAAGUCAAUCACCGGGGGUUCAUACUCCUGCCUGAUAUUAUUAUAUAAUAUAUAUAGUACGUAGUUCUAAUAAUUCCCCCACCAAAUUCGAAUUUAUAGAAACCCUUGAAGUGCGGCGAUUGAAACCCUAAUCAAAGUCCAAUACCCACUCGAUUCCUCCUCAUUUGAUAAUGACGGGAACUUCUUGGCUGAUAGACAGCAAAAGGAUUGCUACAAAGAUAAAAUAUGCAGCUGAGUCCGUGGAUGUGAGCAAAGUCAAAUGGAUAAGCAACCCAACUAAAGCUUGUCCUAGGUGCAACCACAUUAUUGAUAACAGCGAUGUUGUCCAUGAGUGGCCAGGCUUACCACAAGGAGUGAAAUUUGAUCCAUCUGAUCAGGAGUUGAUCCACCCUUUCAUUAAUGAGUUUAUUCCUACUGUUAACAAAGAUGAUGGAAUAUGCUACACCCACCCUCAAAAAUUGCCAGGAGUUAAGAUGGAUGGAAGUGUUUCACACUUUUUCCACCGAACAUUCAAGGCAUACAACACUGGAACUCGGAAGCGGCGCAAAAUACAACAGAGUGAUGACAAUGACACAGAAGGGCAGGGAGGGGAUGUCCGCUGGCACAAGACCGGAAAAACCAAACCGGUAAUUAUAGAUGGUGUACACAUUGGUUGUAAGAAAAUUAUGGUUCUAUAUAGCUCUUUAAAGAAGGGAGAAAAACCUGAGAAGACCAAUUGGGUGAUGCAUCAGUACCAUUUGGGAACAGGGGAAGAUGAGAAGGAUGGUGAGUUUGUUGUCUCAAAGUUAUUUUAUCAGCAACAACAACUGUUAAAACCAUCGGAAAACAAUAAGAGUGAAUUGCAAAACUUGGCGAUGAUGGUGGAGACUGUGGAUGCUGAAGCUGUUGUUGCUGCUACAAAAUCAGAAGAAGAGAAUGAUGUUGCACUACAUCAUGAGCUUGUUCCUAGAUUAGCCGUUGAGGAACAUCAUGAACCUGCACCUUCAUUAGCUACCGUGCCUCAACAUUUUGCUCAUGAUGAGCAACGUACUGGACAAGCAUCAUCCAACCAAGUUGUCAUGGAUAAUGGUAUCGUCACAAAUGAAAGUGGUGUCGCCCAAAAUAUUGGACAGGAAAAGACUGACAAUACCAUAAAUACUGAACAGGAAAAGACUGAUGAUCAAAAUAUUGAAAACCACAUCAAUACUGGGGAAGAAUCAAAGUGGUGGGAAGGUGAGUCACAAUAUCUGCUAGAUUCUCAGCAGCUGGCUGAAGGUAUAGCAUUAUGCGAUGAAUUCCUCCAGAGCCAGUCAUCUUGUGGAGGUGAUGUUGAAGAAGCAAAGAGAAUGAGGCCUUGUUUGUUGGCUGAGUAUGCUCGAAAAGGAGGUGUUGAUGAUUUUAAGAAGGAUCUGGAAGAAUGUCAAACUCUUGGUCUCAACCAUUUAGUAGUCACUGAUCAGAAGAAGAAUGCAACGGACUUUGAGCUACUUGAGACGCCCUCCGACAUGCGACUAAGCCAACUGGAAUUUGGAUCGCAAGACAGCUUUCUGGCGUGAGUUCAUGUAAUUUAAAAGAAUACCCAGAAGGUUGCUUGAUGAUGAACUUUGCUGCUUUUGCCUAGUAAUCAUAUGUGUAUAAUCGUGAAUGAAUUAUACUUUUUGUAACUGUUAUUUGCAUGUAACCCUCAGUAUGUGCCGGGAGACUGAAGGGAAUCACUGCAUCAUUUUGUUAACUAUGUACUCACUGCAUCAUUUUGUUAACUAUGUACUUAGUGCAGUGAUGAGGUGUGUCGAAAAUAUGUACUUUACGUAGUAUGCUUAUGUAGAGUAUUUUAUUGACCUUGAAAUGUAAUAAAGUGAUUCUUGUGACAA